AUUGUCAAAAAAUUUUCCUAUAAGGAUAUCUUUUUUGUACGUAUUUUUUCUCUUUAUUAAAUGACUUUUCAUCGAACAAUACAAAUUGAUCGAAAAAGAUAAAGAAGAUUUUCACGAUGCUUUUAAAGCAACUGUUGGUUGUGUUGGUAUUUGUGCAACUUGAGGCCAUCCUCGGAGGCGAUCCAGCCCAAGAUGAGAUUAAAAAAUUUGUGCAAUACCCUAAUGGAACUAUGGGACGUGCUUUUAAUCAUUUUGCUGGGGAAUUAUCUGCAUCAAAAUGCAAAGCCUACUGUAGUUGUAAUUCUUUUACCUAUGCUGCUAUUGAUGAGUCUUCUUGUUGGUGUGGUAAUUCAGAAGGAGAGGCUUGUAGUGGCGAUGAUGAUUGCUUUACAAAAGAACUCGCAAGUGGUUUUGUAGCAGGAUUUGAAGUCACACCUUUGACAAGAGUUCAGUUUUUGACAAAUUUCUCUCUUCAUAUUACACCUGUGGCUAAUGUUUAUAAGUAUGGUGUGGUGGUGAAUGGGAAAUUAUCAGAAUACAAUGAUAGUAUGGUUACUAUAUCUUUGGUUGAACUUAAUAACACCAUUAUUGUUGAGCCAGAAGCUUUUUGGGGCUGUCAAAGUGAUCCACACACUAUUGAAACAUACAUUCCUGCAAGCUUAUCAUUGGAUUGUGACAGAAAUGUUGUGUUAGAUGGGGAGGUUGAAUGUCAUGCGUCAGUGGGAGGAACCAGUCUGCAAAACAUGAGUUGGAUUAGUAGUGAAGGGCAAACUUCAUUAUCAAUUCAUGUAUCUUACCCCGCAGAUCCAUACUAUUACAGUGUUGGUGGAAACAUGGAGACUAAUCGCUUUGAAGAUUACUGGGAAUCAUAUGAUUGGAGCAAUAAUGUCAAUACUGCUUUUAUCAAUCCAAAUCAUGAGUUCACUUCCGAGGGUACUGUCAAAGCAUUUGAAGCUUAUAUAACAAGGAUGGAUGGAGAAUAUUCAUGUGUUAAAUUUCUGAUUCUAAAACCUGUUUGCUUGUUGGCAGAAAACAAAUACUGUGUAUUAGAAAAAUCAUGUUACCCUGUUGCCACAUUAUGUGGAGAAGAUCCAUAUGAUCUAACUUCGGUUUAUGAUAUUAAUACAUACCCCGUAUAUUCAAUGACUUCUGGUAGAUUUGCUGUAUCAAAGGGGUACAAUGUGCCGAAUUUAGUUGAAGUGUCCUCCCUUCUUGCUGAUUAUAAAGUCUUGUACAUUUUCACAGGGACAGCAACUCACCUUGGUAAUAACAUAUUUGUUGUGCCAGAUGAUCAAAGUUUUAAAGUGAAACCAGGUUAUAUUCUUGGUUGGCUUCCUUGUAAAGAAAAUCCAGCAGAUAUUGGUUAUUACCCAAUUGAUCCUAUCUAUGAAAGCAUUUUUCCAGAAUACGAGUAUCCUGAAGUGUUCAGCACAUACAAUGGUGCAAUCUUUGACAGAACUGUGGAUUACUUCAAAGUAUCUAACUACAUGCACAUGUUGAGGGCUUAUGUCUUGUCUCCAACUGAAUACCUAGAAACAUUUACUGCGACUGGUAGCCCUGGUGACACUAUAAAUAUUGCGACUGAAUUAAUAUCGGUAGAUAAUGUGACGGUAACUUCUAAUGAUAUUUGUAUCAUUACUGAAAAGAUAGGCAACCUUACAAUCUCUAGUGAUGAUGCAGUUUAUGCAGGUGUUGAACUCACACUAACAUUUUUAUUGACCAAUGGUAGUGGCGAAAUGUACUGUAUUAACUGGGAUGAUGGAUUUGGUCCAGAUGCUGAUAAAAAAUGCUCUAUUAAAGUUGAAAACAAAACAGUAACUCAUACUUGGAAACUUCCUGGUGUGUACAGUGUGUUCGUUGAAGCCUACAAUAUGUUUUCAGUAGAAAACACAACAAAAGAAAUUACUGUGCUUGGUUCAAUAACAGAUGUAAGCUUUGUCGAGGAUAUAGGUCCAGUACCAACAAAUGAAUUGCUGAUAAUUGAUUUUAAGGCUGUAGGGUCUGGAGGGGUUGAUUUUUCAAUUGAUUAUCUUACUAACGAGACAGUAAAUACAAUGUUUAAUGGGACACUGUCAAGUUAUUUCAUUGGUCACAUUGAGAGAGCUUUUCCGUUUGCAUCUGAUGUUUUAUGCAACGUAAAUGUGCACCAUCCAUUACAGUCAAAAUAUAUUUCUGCUUAUGGGUUUGUUGAAGAUCCUGUUGGAAUAUUUGAACUUCAAACCAAUGAAACAGGAGCGACGUAUAAUCAAACAACAUUUAAGAUAUAUGAACACAUUGGAACUAACGUAUCUUAUUAUUGGGAUUGGGGAGAUGGUGGGACUGACAACCACACGUAUAUUCGUGAGGCAAAUCAUACAUAUAUGAAUUACGGCAAUUGGACUGUAACUAUUACAGCUUAUAACAAGGUCAGUAUUCGAACAUUGGAAUUUGUUUACACAAUACAAGAUACUAUUCAGGGACUCUCCUUUUUUGGAACAUCGCAUUAUUAUACUGAACAUAACACAAAUGCAUCAGUAGUUUACAUGUUAAACAAUGGAACAGGUGUUCGUACAUGGAUUGAGUAUAACACUACUUUAAUUUCACCGCUUGGCUUUGAUAUUGAUAUUGAAACAAAUGAUUCAAGCAUGCUUGCUCAUGGCAUUUAUGUGUAUCUAAACAGGGGUUUUUACAAUGUUACUGUACAUUGUGAGAACGAUGUGAGCAGUGCUAUGAUUUGGUAUUAUAUGCCGGUGGAAAAUAGAAUUUCAGAGUACCAAGUAAAUUUAACACAAGCUGAAACUGGAGGACUACUAAACAUAAAUGGAAAUGCAACAUUGGAUUUUAUAGAGUUGAAUGAAACUCUGACAUUAUAUGCUUCAUAUGUAUUAGGUGGUGAUGUUGUUUUUAAUUAUAUUUUGGGUGACGGACGUAAUUUUACCACGAAAAAUCGAUCAUAUACUUUUACGUAUCCUUACUGGAGUGAGAAUGGAUCAUUCCACGUUGUCAUAACGGCUACCAAUGUUAUAGAGCAAAUAAAUAAGACAAUGAUGGUGUAUGUUGAAAUGCCUGUACAAGUUCUUCUUGGGUUUGAGAUUUUACAUUCCCCAGAAAACUCAACAGAAGAAAUGAACAUGACUUUGGCCAUUCAAAGUGGAGAUUACUUUAAUUGUACAUGGGAUUUUGGUGAUAAUACUUCUCGAUUGAUUUCGUAUGACCAUUUUCUGGAAAAUUAUGGGGCAGUUUUAAAGCAGUACCCUGCAACUGACGAUCCUUUAGUACCUGGUGUGUACAAUGUCUCAAUUAAUUGUAGCAGUCGGUUAUAUUAUGGAAAUGCAUCCGCUGUGGUGUACUCUUAUAACCCUGUCAGUGAAUUUCUUGUUGAUUUAUUUUAUGAAUGCGAAGGUAAAAACAGAAGCAGAGGAAAAGGAGACAGAGAGGACUUGUUUCCAAUAACAUGCUAUAUCAUCUUUAAGGUAUCUGACCAAACAGGUACCAAUGUUUCUUAUCAUUUUGACUUUGGAUAUACCGAUGAAAAUGAUAUGCCUGUAGAAACAAUAACUUAUAAUAAUUCAGAAACAAAACACUUGUUUCAAUUUGAGAGAAAAUCUACUAAAGAUUAUUUCCCAAUGACGGUAAAAAUUAAUGCGUCUAAUGUUGUUAGUUGGGUUGAAGUUGUGAAAGUUGUUCAAGUGAUAACAGAAUUAAAAAAUGUUACUGUUAAAGGUGAUGGAAAAGAUACUAUGGUUGGUCAGCUAGCUAAUAUAUCUGUAAAAAUUGAAACUAAGGCCUAUAUGGGAUGUUACGUUAUUGAAUUUGGUUCAGAAAGUGCAGAAACUAUUGUUUUUGGUGAUGAAUCCUGCCCUAAUGAUGACAGAUUUGCAUUUUUUAAGUAUGUGGGUGGUGUAACGCUGGCACCACUACAAUUCAAGAAAGUUUAUUCACAUGCUUACUAUUCACAAAAUCUAUAUACAGUGACUCUACGAGCAUACAAUCCUGUUUCCGAGCUUGUCACUACCACAACAAUAAAAGUAGUUGAUUUUCCCUGCAAUCCACCAAAAACUAGUUGGGCAAGUGCGAUGGGAGAUAAUAUUAAUGAGGCUUCUAUUAAAGCACCAUUUUUUAAAUGUAUGAGAUAUUCAGUCUUGACAAAAGUUAUACCGGAUUGUCAGAAACCUAAUUCUACCAUAAGGCGAACCUGGCUGCUACAGCAUAUUUAUAAUAAUGAGGGACGACCUGGAGAUGGUCCUAUUCCUGAAAUGCCCGGAUAUGAAGAUGGACUAUUUGUUAUUGAAAAGCGAUUGUUAAAUUAUGGGAUCUAUUAUAUUGAGUUUAAUGCUUCAAUGUAUCAUAACACAACUGGAGUUCCUGAGCAAAUACCAGAAACAGAAUAUUCAAUUUCUGGUUAUUUUAACAUUACAAAAUGUCCUCUUGUUGCUGACAUAGCGGGCGGAACAGGAAGAGCUGUUGGACAUGAUGGCAAACUUGUUUUGGAUGCUUCACAGAGUCAUGAUCCUGAUAUGGAAUGGGGAACAGAUAUGGAUCUGACGUUUGAGUGGUACUGCAAAAGAAACAAUAAAGAUUUAAAGGGUGUUGCAUUAGAAGAAUUUAAUCCAAUUUUGGCAAAUUCAGAUAAAGUUCGUUACCCUAGAGAACCUGAUCCAGCGACAACGAAUGAUUCAUUACCACGCAACAAUUUCAUUGGAUGUUUUGGUUCAAAGAUCGGAAUACUAGAUGGAGCAGACUUCACAAACCGCCCUAUUAUCAAAAUUGAAAAAAGGUUCAUGCUGUACUCGCAGAGUUAUGAUAUAAAAUUACGACUAACCAAGCCUAACAGAAAAUCUCAAACAAUUGAUUUUGAUCUUAAAGUGUUACUUGAAGAACCACCUAUUGUUUCGAUAAAAUGCAAAUUGAACUGUCUUGCAAAAGCAAUAGUUGUCUUUAAAACAUCCCUCUUAGCUGCAUGUGAGAACUGUAAUGGUCGUACACCAUAUUAUCGAUGGGAGAUGUACCAAAAGAAAAUUGGGAGCAACUCACCGGAAGAAGAAUUUAAAAACAUCACUUUGGAGUUGAAAAAUUUUGCGACAACAGAUAUUACAUCUGAAAAAAAUUUAGUUAUAAAAUCAGGAAGUUUUGAGGAAGGUUACGAUUACAAGGUCAAGUUGUUCAGCUCCUGGAGUCCAAACACAAAAUUUGAUCUCAACAAGAUUGGUUUUUCACAGUACACUGUGAAAAUCAAUACAGCACCUAUAGUUACAGCAGCUUCUUGCCAAACACAAAACAAAGAUGAUGAAGAAAUAACUACAGCAACGUCUCUCGAGACCAAAGUGAAAAUUUCGUGUAUUGGUGUAAUUGAUGCUGAUAUCCCACUGACGUAUAAAUGGUUUUACAGGCGUGUUCGGAAUGUUUCUGAGGAGGUAUUAGAUACAGAAUGGAAACCUGCUUCUUCGCCAUCAUCAGGCUCUUCAAUGUCAGAUUUGUUUUUUCUUCCUCCUGGUGAAAAAGAAAUGGGCCAGCAAAUUAAUAUCAAAGUGACCGUAACAGAUGUGUUUGGUGCAACAUCUGAACCCAUAUUUACCAAAAGCCUUACGGUUGUGGCUAAAGCCAUGAAGAAUGACCAAAUUGAUGAAUUUUUAAAUGAUCCGGGUGUUCUCAACGAUCCUGGUUUGAUGAGUAACGUUAUAAACAGUAUGUUGGACAGUAUGGAUAGCUUCGAGGGUGCCAAUCCGACUAGGAUUAUUAAUAAAAUGAUAAAAAUGGUAUCCAGUCUGCCACUCGAUUCAGAUUGGUCUUGCGUGAUGGCAGCUGAAACACAGGAUUCUAUCACCAGGACAUUCUAUGAUCUUAAAUUGAGAGAUACUGACUCAGCAACAGCAUUGAGACAGAAUUUGAUUAUAACUGAAAAUAUUGCAAGGUGCUCUGAAUAUUUACCAAUCAGAGAGUUGGAAAAGGCGACAUUUCACACGUUAACUUCAUCCGGAAGAUAUACUGCUGACCUCAUUGGCAAUGAUUCUUCAACGAAUUUGCAAUGGGCAAUGCGAAGCGAAAUGAUAUUAUCAACAACAACAGCAUCUACAAUGAUUUCUGGUGAACCACCAUUGGCCAUGUAUUACAACGAUGAUGAUUACGUAAAGUUGUCUUGCGUUGAUCCAAAAGUAGCCCGCGAGAAGAAUUUCGAUUUGAGUGGUUUUAGAAUACCGAAAAAUGCAAAUGAGGGUGGAAGUAAAGAAUGCAUUGGAGUCAUAAACACUAAAGGGAAAAAUCGAUACACGUUUGAUGUAACAUCGACUUCUGUUUAUGGAAAGACCUACGGAAUGUCUUUAUCUCCUGGCAGAAAGAUGAUCAAAGAAGUUAAGAAUCUUACGGACGAUCCGGUUCGUCUGGUGAUGCCAAUGAAUGAUAAGUUACCCUCUCCCGAAUACCACACUGCAUAUUGCGAACUUGUGAGGGAAGUACAUUUGUUGGAUUGCAAAGUAAACUCAACUGCAAUGAUGAUUAAAACGGUACCAGUCAACAAGAGCUUUGAUGGGAAUAUUUUUAUCUUCAUCAACAAAGGCUUUGCUCCCUCUCUCGUUUCUCACGACAUCAACUGUACACUACCGAAUCCAUAUCCAGCCAAUUGGACUGAUCUUUCUUGGGAAGAACAGCAGCACUUUGAAAACGAAGACAAGUGGAGGUGUUUUGUUACUGAAGAUCAAAUGGACCGCAAGUGCUUAGGAAGAUGGGUAGCUGGUGUGGUUUACUAUACGAAUUCCACUAAUCACACUGAAUACAUCAAAUCAAGAGAACUCUCACUUACAAAAGCAUCGUGCGCACCACUCAACUACACUUUUAUGUUCUAUUCAAGAGCUUGUCUGUUUUAUGAUGAGGAAACUGAGAUGUGGUCUGGUAAAGGAUGCAAUCGAAUUGUAUACCCACUUGAUGAUAACCAUCCGAACGACAAUUACUAUUACGAGGUGUCUAUUCAAACUGGAUUCGACAUGAAUGCUGCUACGACUGCAGAUGUUUUCAUUAUACUCCAAGGAAGCGAAAACGAACUUGCACCUAAAAAAUUGCACAAUCCAAACAGAAGCUGUUUUAAUAGAGGUGAAAUUGAUUAUUUCUUGAUAGCUGCUCCCCGCAGUGUAGGUCGUCUGGAAUCUGUGGAGAUAUGGCAUAAUAAUGCUGGAGAAUCUCCUGGCUGGUAUCUACAACAAGUACAGGUGCGCGACGUUCAAAGAGACGUCACGUCGAUAUUUGUUUGCGACAAAUGGCUCGACGUGGCAGAGGACGAUAACUCCAUUAUUAGAACUGUGCCGUUAGCUCGCAAAGAAGAUCUGCUGGAGUUUAGUUACGUGUUUUACAACACAAUUCGACGCGAUAUUUACGACGGUCAUAUCUGGCUUUCUGUUUUCACGAAGCAAGCCCAGAGUACCUACACAACUGUUCAAAGACUUAGCACAUGCCUUUCUCUGCUCUUGAUGUUUAUGUUAUGCAAUGCUAUGUUUUACAACGUUGAUAAUCUUCCUCCUCCUGCUGAGGUGUACAGGAUUGGACCUUUGAAGAUUUCCAUCGAUCAAGUUAGGAUUGGGUUCUCCACUGCAGUGAUUAUUAUACCUAUUCACCUUCUUAUCGUCCUCUUGUUUAAGACAGCUAGUCCCAAACCAGAUAAAAAUGCACAAAAAUAUGGACCUGAAGAAGGAACUGAGGUCACGCCGACCGAUGCUGAGAAAGGCAACGUCACACCAGUUGAAGCCACUCCAGUUAAAGCUGACCCACCGCAGAAAGAAGUUGCAAGACAAAAACACAACGCAGCCCUACGUUUCUUGCAAUUUAUUUUAUUCUCUGGUCGCACGGAUGAAAAUCAGAAACGUCCUCUACCGUACUGGACACUUUACAUCGCUUACAUUCUUGUUUUCUUAACUACGAUGGUUAGCGCUUUCUUCGUUAUGUUGUAUGGCUUCUCGUUUGGAAAGGAUAUUUCAGAGAAGUGGGUGGUCACGUUACUGGUGUCGUUGUUCGAGUCGUUCUUCUUGUUCCAGCCCAUCAAGGUUUUGAUAUUAUCUAUAAUCUUUGCCGUGUUUAUAAAAGAACCUGAACGAAAUUUGCAACAUAUCGAACAAUACGUACUAGAUGGAAAAUUACCAAAUGCAAGAGAAUUAACCGAGGAAGAAGAAGAAGAAAAGAAAAUGGAAUUUCGAUUACCUAACGAGAAACGACAGGAAGAAGCACGACAUCAAAGAAUGAAGGAAAAAGUACUGAAGGCGAUGGUGCGCGAAAUCAUUAUCCACCUCGCUUACGUCGUGCUAGCAUCAGUUGUCUGUUACGCAGCGGUUGAUCCGAAUUCUUAUCAGCUUUACGACGGAAUCCAAAAACUUAUGAUUGACAACGGCGUCACGAGAGAGUAUUUUAACAACAAGGCUUACAUGUUGGAAGAUAUCGAACCUGAUGGUAAAACAAAGAGAGAUGUCAAACCAGCUAUGGAGGUGAGUAAUCGCUUGGAUUGGUUUGACUGGGCGAGGUAUUCAGUAAUUGAAUACUUGUUUCCUACUGGUUGGUAUAAUGGAAACAAGGACUACAAACCUGGUUUCGUAGCAGACAAUGAAGCAUCUAAAAUAUUGGCUAUGGCAAGAUUUCGAAUGCUUAGAGCAAAAAACAUGUCUUGCACCAAACACGAAGUAUUCGAACAUUUAAUCCGGUUGUGCAUUGCGGGUUAUAGCACUGCGGUGGAAGAUACCGAAACUUACAAUACUGGUUGGAGACCGCUUAACCCGAAUAGUACAGCUCAAGAAAUUGAGCGAAAAGCUUUCCGGAAAAAUAAACGUGAAGCUAUGUAUUUGGGUUUAGAGAACCCGUGGCAACAUCAAUCAUCCGCUGAACUGAAUAACUUCCCACUGUUUGCGAAGUUUGGAACCUACAGUGGCGGUUCAUACUCAGUUAGCAUUGGACCAACCAAAAAAGUGGCAAAAAAAAUUGUGCGCAACAUGAAAGAUAAUUUCUGGAUCGAUCGCUUCACUAGAGCUAUAAUAUUGGAAGCCAACAUCUACAACGCAAAUACUAACCUUAUGCUUAUGGUGACUUUUGCUCAUGAAAUCCUUGCUACAGGCGGUUGGGAAUACUUCAGCAAUGUAAAAGCCAUCCGAUUGUACCGAUACGUAGGCGGGGUGCCAAACUUAAUACUGUUAUUUGAUUUCAUAUUCGUGUUUGUUACAUUUGUGGGAUUGUACAAGAUGAUUCGAGGAAUAAAACGAAACGGCUGCAGUAACUACUUGAGCGAUUUCUGGAAUCUGUUACAUACUAUAGUUACACUCAGCGCACUCGGUGCGAUCUGUCUCACGUUUGGUCGUUUGUUUGCUGUGAAAACCGCUGUGUAUACCUACUCACAGGAACCGGAAAAAUUUGUCAGCUUCAGCAUGGUGGAUCAGAUGGAAAACUUUGUCAUGGCUUUCCUUGGAUUCGUCUUGUUUUUCACCAAUAUAGAGUAUCUGCGCAUCAUGCGUUUCAACAAAAGUAUUGCCAACAUGACGAAAACAAUGAAAAUUCUCGGAACUCCCCUCAUGUCGUUCGGUAUGACGUUCAUCAUCAUUUUUAUGGCGUAUGUAUCAUUCUGCCACUGUAUUUUCGCGGACAAGCUACAAGACUUCAACUCGCUCAAAACAAGUUUCGUGGCUCUCACAAACAUGUUUAUGGGAAGUUUUGACAUUUACGCUUAUCUUGAUAAUGCUCCCAUCUUUGGGCCGAUCAUGUUCUUUUCUUACAUGCUGGCCAUUCAAAUGAUCAUGAUUAAUAUGUUUGUCGGCAUCAUAUGUGACGCGUUUGCCGAAGUAGGAGAGCAGGAGGAUAACGAAGAAAAACCAAGCGUCCUGUCGUUCAUGGCUAAUCGAGUUAAAAGUUUAGCUGCUCCUAAAGGUGCUAUGACCGCCUCCGGUGUGGAUCCGAUAUACAGUGACUGGAAAGACGAAUGGGAUGUAAUGAUGGAGAGGUUUGAAGAGCGCGCCGAUAACUGCGUCUAUUUAAUGAGAAAUUUUGAAGGGGAAGAAAUCAGACAAAUAAAAUGGUUUAGUGAGGAGGAAGCAGAUAUUCGAAAGAAAAACGCCUUGGCCGCUAUUUUGGGCACUGAUUUCUACGUAUACGACUCAGAGUUUUGUGAUGGUUUGCAUGCAUUGGAAACGAAGUUGCGAAAUAUGUCUCCGGCUGAGACAAAAGUUUUUUUGAAAGCAGCGUCCAUCAAAAGAAAAGAAGAACGCGAAGAACUGGAACGAAUGGAAAACGAAGCUGAAACGUCGGACGUUUCUGAAGAAGAUGAUGAUGAUGAAAUUGAAGAUUAAUAAAUUGUUCUGACGUAUUCAGUUUUCGUAAAUGUCUUGUGUUGACGUCAAGAUUUUGAACCAUUCAACCUAGCAUAUUAUUUUGCAUUAAAAUUUUCGUUUUGUUUUUCUUUUAUAAUUUAUUGCACAACAAAGUAAUCUGCGUAGGAGACUUUGUUCUUUUACCCCUUGUUUGUUUUUCUAGUUUUUUUGUGUGCUGUUUGAAGUUAAACUACUGAAAUACCUUAUCAUCGGUAAAAAAAAAACGUUUUCAGCCAGUUGCAAUAUAGGCACACCAGCACGUCAGUUUUUACCAAACUCGACCCCAAGACUUUUUUUACGCAUAACGUAAUAAAAAGUAGAACACGAUUAUUUCCUUAUGACGGCGUGUGAAAUUGUAUUCUGUAUAUUACGAAACGGAAACUGUAAAAAAAUUAUUUGCUCACAUAAAUCCCUGCACUGCUUUAUUAACCUUGUUUCCAGGCCAUUUGUAAAAAAGGCUUAGGAGCUAAGAGAACCUGCGGGCAAGGUAUUGCUGUAUAAAACACCGAUUUAGUUAAUAAUUAUUUAUAUCGACAAA